AUGGCUACAAGGAUUUUAGCAUGGAGGUGCCAUUUUGUUCUUUGUUUUGUGUUACUCAUUUUGUUUUGUCUUUGUAAGGGCCAAGACUUUUCCUUGACUCCAAUGAAGAAGAAAGAGCAGGUAGUCAUAUACAGGGUUAUUCAAGGUUUUGUUGGAAAGUGGUGGAAUGGUUCAUAUCUUUAUCCAGAUCCUUGUGGGUGGACUCCUAUACAGGGAGUUUCCUGUGAGCAAUAUGAUGAUGGCUUCUGGUAUGUAACAGCUAUAAACUUUGGACCAGUUUUUGACAACUAUCUCACUUGCAACCAUGGUGCUCAUUUGAGGAAGCUUCAAUCUUUGGUGCUGCUAGAAAAUGGGCUAACAGGUAAACUACCACCAAGUAUUGGUAAAUUGGUCAAGUUGAAGCAACUAGUCCUUGCAGGAAACUAUUUGGUGGGUGAGGUUCCAAUGAGCUAUGGAGGGUUUUCUGAGCUUUUAAUAUUUGAUGCAAGCAGGAAUAAACUAUCAGGAGUUCUGCCAUCAACAAUUGGACUUUUGGAUUCAAUUCUGAAGAUUGAUUUGAGCUACAAUAUGCUACAGGGAGAAUUACCAAGGGAGCUGGGAAGGCUAAAGAAUCUUACUUUACUUGAUAUUAGUCAUAACAAACUUAGCGGUGGGUUAGCGACACUCAAAGAAAUGGUGUCCUUAAAGGAUUUGGUUUUGUCCAACAACCCAAUAGGGGGUGAUCUCUUGGGAAUUAGAUGGGAAAUUUUCCAAAACAUAGAAGCCUUAGACCUUUCUAACAUGGGUUUGGUAGGGAUUGUACCAGAGUCCAUGGCAGAAAUGAAAAGGCUUAGAUUUUUGGACCUCAGUAACAAUAAUCUUUCUGGAAGUCUCUCUAGAAGUUUGGAAAACCUGCCAUGUCUUAGAGCACUUCACAUAAAUGGAAAUAAUCUGGCAGGGAGACUUGACUUCUCAGAAAGGUUUUACAGCAAAACGGGAAUGCGUUUUGCAGCUUGGAAUAAUGCAAACCUAUGUUACAUUGCCAAACCAACACGCCAAAUUCCUGAUGGCCUAAAACCUUGUUUUGAAGUUGGAGGUAAAGAUGGUUGGGUUGUUCCCAAGGACAAUGCUCAAACGUACAAUCAGUGGGCAUCCGAAAACAGAUUCAAAGUUAAUGACACUCUUCGAUUCAAGUACGAGAAUGACUCGGUUAUGGUGGUGACUGAAGAAGAGUAUGAAAAAUGCAAAUCCUCUCAUCCCAUAUUUUUCUCUAACAACGGUGACACUGUUUUCAAAUUUGACCGUCCUGGCUUGUUCUUCUUCAUUAGUGGGGUUAGUGGUCACUGUAACAGAGGCGAAAAAAUGAUCAUAAAGGUUUUGGACUUAGAGGCAGCACCUUCACCACAAUCUGCAAAUGAGAGUGCACAACAAUCACCUUCUAAAAGUGGAAUUUCUCAAAUGACUCCAAUGAAUAUAAUAACAAUUUUUGUCAUGUCAAUCUUUGGCAUGCAGCUUUAUGCUUGA